AUGUCGAACCGAUCUACCAAAGCACAAACUACACACGAUGGCAGCAAUAGCAGGGUGCAGAAAAUCACGGAAAAGUUCGAAACGCUCAUAACUUCGCAGCAGCAAAAGCAACAGGUGUCUCCAUCACCUUCUUCGCCUCAGCAGGUUCAAUCCGUCCAGAAUUGGCCACCGAAUGGAACAGGUUUGGCGCGUAAUAUUCAGCAGAAUGCAGAAGAACCCGCCAUGCUGCGCGAUUUAGAAGCUAGGCGCGGAAUCAAACGCUCUCAAGCAUUUCGCAGAAGCACUUCACAAUCGAGUUCAAUGAACGGUGGCCAUGUGUCAGCGUCCAUCAAUGCGCAGCUUAUCCAUUCGGACAGCAUACGGGAAGCACUAAACAAACCGCUCCCGGCAGGGCCUCCACCGGAGAAGCCACCACGAACGUGGGGACGUGGCUUGGAUGAUAACGGGCAUGGAACGCUUGAUGGGGAACGGAUGACAGAUUCGCAACACUACGAAGACGUUAACAUGCUGAUCGAAGUCGCAUUCCAGGAACCGGGCAAGAAUCUGCAUGAUUCACCUUCGGGGGAACACAUUUCCCUGAAGCAACCCGUGAGCGAAGAACAUCGCAAGCGUUUACGUAGAUUGUCCCGAUGUGCCGAGCUGAACCAUUACACACAGCAGUACGGCACGAUCCGUGUGUACGAUGCGGUGGACAAGGGCACUUCACCUAACGCCACCGCGGAGUGUAUAACGGCCGAUACCAAAGGAUUGAUCGAGCACUACAAUAAGUUAAGCACUGUGGAAAAGUGUCCCGCACUACCACAAACACUGUACGAAUAUUGCAUCGUGGUGGGUUACGAUAUGAUGCAAAACAAACCGUACGUUAGGAGCCGAUAUCCACGCCACAAGCAGCCGCACAAAAUGAUCGAGGUGUUCGUGUAUCCUGAUAAUGGCGCACUAGUGCGAAACCGCAAUCAGGAAUACUGCAUCAUACUAACGGACUAUCCGCUACGGUUGUACGGUUUCUGCCGGCGUGUUCUGCCAGAGUCGUCCGAAUUCUGCAUCCCCCUAACGUAUUGCCUCGUAACGAAGUACAAUGAGCCAAAAGUAUUUUACAAACUGCUGGAAUACAUCGAAAGCCAGCACGGGAAUGGUCGCGUGCCUGAGCUGUUGAUGGAACAGUUUUACGAUCAGAAACUCCCGUUGGCCGGCGACCGGUUGGCAUUGACGCUUCCUGUCAGCUUCGAGCUUCGAUCCACGCUGCGCGAGGUACCGGUACUGCCGUUCACCAUGACAAUAAACCGUCCCAAAGAUUUACGCUUAGAGAAAACGGAACUGUACGAUAUUUACAAGUGCCUCGGAUCGGACGGACUGAUCCACGUGUUCGAAAGCUUGCUACUCGAAAAAAUGGUGAUAUUAUUCAGCGAACAUCUCUCGCUGCUGACGUCGUGCGUGCAAGGCUUACUGUUAAUACUCUACCCAUUCCAAUGGCAGCACAUACUAGUAACGGUCAUACCGGAACAUCUGCAACAAAUGCUCGAAGCACCCGUACCGAUGCUGGCCGGUACAUUGCAACCCGUCCCCGAGGAGCUGUGGGAAAGUGGCAAUACGUGCUACGUGAAUCUGGACAAGCGCACCGUUCGGCCGGCACGAAAGGAACAGUUUUCCAUCCUCCCGAACGAGCUAAAGAAACCGCUGCGGGUUUCACUGGAACUCGUAAAAAUUUUUGAAGAUUCCAAGGGGCUAGCAAGCGUGCUGAUUGGCGGUGCGUUUGUCCGUUUUUUUGUAGAACUUUUCGCUACUCUGGAUCCACGCACAUACGAGAAAGCGUCGUUUUUGGUGCAGUUUGAUAGUCCCGAAACGAAAAUGUUUUUGGACUGCUUCUUGGAAACUGUGAUGUUUGCCGACUUCCUCGAACACUGGCACACCUCGAAACAGGCAGCUAAAAUGCCGGCACCCGUUGGCAGCUUCGAUUACACGCUUUACAACUCGAAGAUAGCGGAAAAAUCGCAAACCAAGUACUGGCAUUCGGCCACCUUCGACGAGGUGGUGGCCAAUUCCAAACAUAUCGAGCGGAAGGGAAAAACGUUUAUGUCGAAGAUGAAGGGAUUGAUGAAAAAAUCAUGA